UGUGCGCGAUAUCGAUAUCCGCAGGAAAUUUAGCUUGAUGAUCUACGUGUACGAAGAUUGAGGAAAACUUUUCUUCAAAGAGCAUCCAACCAGCUUCAAUUUGUAUUCUUGUAGACGCGAAUCAAACGAAGACAAUCAGCACGUCUGUUAUUUCCGCUUUGAAUAAAAUUAGCAUCUCAAGUUCUUUGACCAGUUCUGCUUUUAAUUCACUGACUGUCACACACUGUUCAGCUGUUACUAGUGUUAGGCCUAGGCCUACUGCACUCUGCGAAUUCAAGUUGAAGUUGAAGAAAAUCAGUUUGACACGGGUGCGAGCAAGGACCACCUUUUCACUUCAGCUUGAAGCAUAACAGGAGCAGACAUGUCCGAGAGGAAGGCUGUCAUCAAGAAUGCCGACAUGUCUGAAGACAUGCAGCAGGAUGCAGUGGAUUGCGCCACCCAAGCUCUGGAGAAAUUCAACAUAGAGAAGGACAUCGCCGCCUACAUCAAGAAGGAGUUUGACAAGAAGUACAACCCCACCUGGCACUGCAUUGUGGGCAGGAACUUCGGCAGCUAUGUUACGCAUGAGACCAAGCACUUCAUCUACUUCUACUUGGGUCAGGUGGCUGUGCUACUGUACAAGUCAGGAUGAAAUUGGAUUUGACACAUUUGCUAUUAUAAGAUUAGUCCUUUGUGAAAGCUUUGUUUUUCUUCCAAAUUGCUCAAUUUGCCAAGUUUAGCAUGAACCUAGAUAUGUAUCACCAUCACACUGCCCACCAUGAGAGAUAUUUCACCUUUGUGUCUCAACCCAAACCCCAUGAGGUUUUCUCCAGAGAUCCUACUAAUGUAACAAACAAAACACAGCCAGACUGAGGACCCUGCCGAGUGUAGGCAGUAUUAAAUAUCAGCCUUGACACCAUACAAAAAUAAUGUACAUGUACCUUAGCUAUUUUUGUUGACUGCUAAAUCCAAGUGUACAAUGUUACUGCAAUUUUGGGCAUAGUAGGUUGCGCUAAAUUUUUACUGUCCUCUUUUAAGCAUUCAUCUAGGCUUGAAUUACGGCAGAAUGUGGGA